AUGAAGAAGCUGCUUAGUCCCCCCCCCCCCGCUGAGAGCCCUGAGCUGGGGCUAGAGAAGCCCCUGCCACCUUCUCCUGCUCCUGCAGACACAGGGUCCCCGAGGUUCAUCGGCAGGCGGCAGAGCCUCAUCGAAGACGCUCGCAAGGAGAGAGAGGCGGCUGUGGCGGCGGCGGCGGCCGAAGCCUCCGGGGACCCGCUGGACGCCAUUGUCUUUGAGGAGAAGGACGGGAAGGCCCUCCUCAACCUCUUCUUCACCCUGAAGACGGCCAAGUCCACGCCGCUGUCCCGGGCCCUGAAGGUGUUCGAGACGUUCGAAGCCAAGAUCCACCACCUGGAGACGAGGACCAACAGGAAGGCCCAGGAGGCGCGUGAAAUAAAUUCUUCGUGCUCGGGGUCCCACAGCAGCGACCUGGGCACCUUGGUCAGCUCCGUCCGGAGGGUGUGUGACGAAGUGCGCAGCGCCAAGGAGGACAAGCGUGAGUCCCGCUCUGCCCCGCACCGCGCUCCAAGCUGGAAGUACCCCGCGCACGGGACCUCGGGAGCUCACGCCCCCCACCCUCACCCUCCUAGGAGAGAGGUCUACACCACCCUGAAGAGCCUGUACCCCACCCACGCUUGCCGGGAGCACCUGGAAGCCUUCCAGCUGCUGGAAAGGUUCAGCGGCUACAGCGAGAACAGCAUCCCCCAGCUCGAGGACGUGUCCCGCUUUCUGAAGGAGAGGACGGGCUUCCAGCUGCGGCCGGUGGCCGGCCUGCUCUCGGCCCGAGACUUCCUGUCCAGCCUGGCCUUCAGGGUGUUCCAGUGUACCCAGUAUAUCCGGCACGCCUCCUCGCCCAUGCAUUCCCCGGAGCCGGACUGCUGCCAUGAGCUGCUGGGGCAUGUGCCCAUGCUGGCAGAUAGGACUUUUGCCCAGUUCUCCCAGGACAUCGGCCUUGCCUCCCUUGGAGCCACGGACGAGGAGAUCGAGAAGCUGGCCACGCUCUACUGGUUCACGGUGGAGUUCGGGCUCUGCAAACAGAACGGAGCCAUCAAGGCGUACGGGGCCGGCCUCCUGUCCUCCUACGGGGAGCUCAUUGUAAGCCUGCCCCUCCCAGCCCCUCUGCCUAUGGGCUCCCCCCUUAUUCCGAGCCCUCCUCGACCUGCCCGGUCCUCGGGGGCUUUCGCCUUCCUGGGGCGAUGGCGCUGA